GGGAUAUAAUGGUAAAUUGGCCUAACUGGGCGCCAAGUAUAUAACAAAAUCGCUUCCAUUGCUGGAUGUGAAGUAAUCAAGAAAUUCAUUUUCAACCUCAAGUUAAAUUAAUGGCUGCCACGGCAGCGCAAUCCUCCGUUAUCCGAGCUCUCCUACCCCGCAAUGCGCCGGCGUCGAAAUCCUCUCCCGCCUCCCUCAACAGCCGGAGGAAUUUGCUCUUCCUGAUGACGGCGGUCCCGGCGUUGUCGAUGAAAGAAUCGGUCUCCAGAGCGCAGGACAUCCCGCUGUUUGGACUGAAGAGGAAGCUGAAGAAAGCGGAGGAGGAAGCCGAGCUGCUAGUCAAGGAAGGCUUCGAGACGGCGGAGAAGGGGCUCGAGACGGCGGAGAAAGGGCUCGUGACGGCGGAGAUAGGGAUCGAGGAAGCGGUGAGUUUCGGCGGACUCGCGCAGGCUGGCGCCGUCUUCGGAGCAGAGGCCGUCGCCGUUCUGGUGGCUACUUCCGUCGUCAGCGGGAUUUUGGGGCCGGAUGCCUGAAAAUCUUGAGAAAUUUUAAAUUGUUCCGAAAUCGAUUUUCUUAAUUAUGCUUUAAUUUCUGUAGAUCGCUUCCCUGUUUGGUUUGGACAAAUAAUGAAAAAGGAGGAGAAAUUCAUAAAUCUUCUAAGCCAAGAGCUAUCAGCCACACUCAUGGAAAAACACUUAUUUUUAAGUGGCGACAAGCCAAACACGCCUUAAUUCACUAGCGAUUGUUUGGCACAGAAUAAUAUCUGCAAUGGCUCAUGUAGCCUCGUCGAACUCCGUCCACACAUUCCGGCCGCAUUUCCCCACCGCCGAAUCCCCGCCGGUGCCGUUUACCAGAGCCACUUUCCCUUUCCAUGAGAAACCCCGGAGGCAAUUCCCGGUCGUAGCAUGCGAAACCAAAUCCAACUCCUCGACUGAGAACUCCACCGUUAAGGAAAAACAGGCUGCUGAUUCAGUGACGAACGACGCCGGCGAGGCGACGAGUUCGUCUUCCGAUUCUUCUGGUCUCCCCGAAUUCCCGACUAGGAAUCUGAAUAGAAGGAUAGCAGUUGGUUCGGGGCUCUUCGGAGUUGGGCUUUUCGUUUUAGGGCGGCUGGAUUUUGGGGUUUCCCUGAAAGAUUUAUCCGCCGUUGCAUUGCCUUAUGAAGAGGCUCUCUCAAAUGGGAAGCCGACGGUGGUGGAGUUCUAUGCAGAUUGGUGCCAGGUUUGCAGAGAGUUAGCCCCAGAUGUGUACAAAGUCGAGCAGCAGUACAAGGGGCAAGUGAAUUUUGUGAUGCUGAAUGUGGACAACACGAAGUGGGAGCAAGAGCUGGAUGAGUUUGGAGUUGAAGGGAUCCCACAUUUCGCAUUCCUCGACCGAGAUGGAAAUGAAGAAGGCAACGUAGUUGGGAGGCUGCCGAGGCGGUACCUUAUGGAGAAUGUCGAGGUGCUCGCUAAAGGGGAGGCGACCGUGCUUCAUGCUCGUGUGGUCGGGCAGUUCUCUCGAAGGCAGAAUCAAGGAAAGUUCGCCCCAUUAGCGAUCCUAGAACCCAUGGUUGAUUGAAAAUGCAGUUGCUGCUGCAUCUUUCAUUUGAAAAGAGAAGUUUGGUAAUUAACACUUUUGUUAACUUCAUGUAUGCUGAAAGCCAUCUACUACUUUGAAUGGUGCCUACCCACUUGUGAAUUUGAUAGUUAAUUUAACUUGCAGUUUAUGCAGAGAACUCCUGUUUGAUAGCUUAUCUAUGGUUAUUGCUGAGUUUCCUUCUUUUAGGAAGAACAUAAUCAAGGUCAAUAGAUUCCAGUUUUGCUGUUUUAUGCAACGUAUAGAUGAUUCUCGUUGAAUGUUUGGAUUCAUCUAAACAGGAUAUUUCAUUGCGGAUAGGGAAGGAGAACAAGAACAGCAGAAAGAACUUCAUCUUAUGCUUGCAAUUACAGUAAUGUAUACCAGAAAUUGGGUAGGGAAGGGGGCCAUAUUGACUGGAAGUGAAGGGGGGAAACCGUACUAGACAUCAGUUAUCUGCAACGGUAUAACUAUCUAUCUAUAUAUAUAUUGAGGAUCUACCAUGAAACUACAUAAUAUAUACCUCAAUUGUAUUCACAGGAGAAUGGGAUAUAUAUGAUGAACAACAAGCACUCCUGCCUUCACUGAGCAUUACCCAAUAAGCUGUUCGAUGAAGGCGAGCUCUGCUCACUGAACCAAGGAUCCUGCACCGAAACAGGGGAGCUAUCUUUCACUCCUUCCUCCAGUGAACUCAAAUACUCCACCUGGUUCCUCUCCGGAACAAACAGCCUCUUGCUCUCGAUGCUAGCCUUCUUGGUGGCCAGCGACUUCUCGCUUCUACCAUCGUCCUCGUCGUCCCCUGAUGAAGUCGAGGAACGCCCUGGCGAUCCAAGGUACACGUCGGGAACGAUCCAAGCGCUGAGCCUGAUGUUCUCCAGCUCCUGAGCCACCUCGGUCAUCGAAGGCCUCAUGUCGCGAUGAAAUGCCAGACACCUGAACGCAAGCUCGGCAACAUUAUGAAUCGACGACAGCGUCCACGCGUCCCUGUGCGGCUCGAGGUAAGGGUCAAUGAUGUCAUCCACCCCGCCUCUGCCAAUCCUGUCUAUGGCAAGGGCUGCCAAGUUGACCUCGCUGUGAGGUCGCGAAAAGUCGACCACCUUCAGCCCUGUGAUGAUCUCCACCAGCACGACUCCGAAGCUGUACACAUCGCUCUUGUCUGAGAGAUGGAAGUACUGAUGAUACUGUGGAUCCAGAUAACCCGGCGUCCCCUGUGGAGCCGUCGAAACGUGGGAAUUCUCCGUCAGACCGAGCCUAGACAGCCCGAAAUCGGCCACUUUCGACUUGAAGUUGUAGUCGAGCAGUAUGUUGCUGGAUUUGAUGUCCCUGUGGUAGAUAGGCGGGUUGACUGCAGAAUGUAGAUAGGCAAUGGCGUUAGCCGUUUCGGUGGCAACCGCCAGUCGAAUCGGCCAUGGAAGCCCCUUCCCUCUCUCCCUCUGCAAAUGCUGACAGAGGGUUCCGUUCGGCAUGAACUCGUAGACCAGAAUCUGCUCCCCUGACUCGAUGCAGCAGCCGAGGAGGCGGACGAGGUUCGGGUGGCUGACCGACGAGAGGAGCUUGAUCUCGUUCAUCACUUGGUCGAUGCUGUCGGUGUCCCUGUGUCGGAUUUUCUUGAUCGCCACGCACUCGUCGUUGUGGAGCUUGCCGGAGUAGACGGUGCCGUAUGCGCCGGUGCCGAGGCGCUGCUUGUCGGAGAACCCGUUGGUGGCUCGCUCGAUGUCUUUGUAAGCGUAGAAGGGGACGCUGGAGUUGCCGGCGGCUUCGGAGACGAGGCGCUUGGCGCUCUGACGGUGUCGGAGGAAGGUGGAGCGCCGGCGUAGGCAGUAGCAGAGGAAGGCUACCGCUGCCAUUAGUGCAGCUCCGGCGACUAGGCCUCCGACGAGAACGCCGACUCUUGUGGUUCCUCCACAUUCGCCGGACAUGUACUUCGAUGGGUUGCAGUUGGAAGCUUUCCGGCAACCACCGCGGCCAAACCCGUCGCCGACGAGUCCUUCCCGACACCGGCACCGGAACCCCGACUUACUUCCCUCGCCGCCGCCGAGGCUCACAUCCCGGCAGUCGGCGAGCCGGGAGCAGGAACCGGUCCGGUUCUCCGCACAGCUCCCGUCGAGCCACCACUCCAGCUGGGCUCGCUGGAGCUCCAGCGACACCACCGGGUCCUCGGAACCCGACCCGAGCGCCACCGCCGUGAACGCGAACUUGCACCGGGUCGCGCUCACGUCGCCGUAGCUCAGCACCGCCGCGCCCGUGUUCUCCGCCGAGUAGCAGGUCACGUUGUCGCUCCUCGAAUCGCACCCGCCGCUGACGUUCAGCUGGUUCUGGAUCGAGCUCGUCGGGAUCACGCACCCGCCGCCGCCCGUCCGUCCGCCGCUGACGCCGCUGCAGUUCUGGAGGAGCAGGCUGGUCCGCCAGGCGGGUGCGAAAUUGGAACCGAAGAGGGAUGAUAGAGAAUCGAGCGGCCGGUUGCAUUUCGCCGGGACGGCGACGAUUACUCCGUCGGGGGUGAUGUUCUGGACCCGAAACUCCCCGAUUCGGAUCUCCCCGGCGGAGCAAUUGAGCUGAAUCGGGCAGCCCGAUGAGAACCCGAACGGAUACGGGACCCGUCCUCCGCCGCCGCCGCCGCCGCAUACCUGUUCGCAAUUUUUAACCUCUGCUGACCUAAUUGGCUGGAGGAGAUUGAGAAUCCAAAUGGUACCCAGUAUCAGUACAGGCCAAAUACGCGAAACCAUCAUCUCUUCGGAGGAUCUUUCGAUUUACCCAGAAGCUGAAUGAAUCAUUGACCUGGUGAAAAACAGAGGGGGAAAAUUGGUGUGAGAAUCUUGGAACAGAGGGCUUAUUAAAUUGGGUUUCCAGGCCUGGUGCCGUUGGGAAGCCAUCUGAAGAAGAAGAAAAUAAAAGUCAAUUAAUGCUUCAUGGAAAAGGAACCGAGAAGGAGGGUGGAGAGAGCUUCAUUAAUGGUGUGAAAGUGAAUGACCCUCUGUUUCUCGCUUCAUCUUUCAUUUUUCUCAUCCAAUUUCUUAUUUCCACUUUUCCUUACCAACCAAACAGGAAAAUACAGAGCCGAAAGUAUUAAUGAGCUGUAGAGAGAGAGAUAGAGAAAGCAGUGGUACCUCUUACGACUAAGCUGGUCUCUGGACCGAUUUCUCAUUCGGUUGG